AUGAAGGAGGUAGAGCCGUCGAGGGUGACCAACCGUAUAGUAUUGAGGUCGCGUCGUGAGGAAGCCGAGAAUGAGCGUCGACGUGCUAGACUUGUGGAGAAUCCUUCUCUCCCGCCUCCCGUGCCUUUUGACUUAGAUAGAGCUUUUGAGGGAGUGGAUGAGUAUGAUGACAGUGAUGACAAUUAUGAUGACUUCCCGGAUGUAAAUGAUGCUUUCUUCGAGAGCAACCAUCCGAGUGCAGGUGGUUCUAGUGGACCUAGAUUAGAGCCCGAGGCUCCUUUUGUGUCUUCUUCGUCCUCUCAGUUUGUUCAUAGUGAGGGUGCUGCAGCAUUGGUUGAGAGGACAGGGUUGCGCAAGUUGUUGGACUGCUCGAUCCAGCACUUGGACGGACCUUUACUUGUGGCAUUUGUGGAGAGGUGGCAGCCUGACACCAACACCUUUCACAUGCCUUUUGGAGAGAUGACCAUCACGCUCCACGACGUUGCAGUGUUGCUUGGGAUUCCAGUCGGUGGAGAUAUGGUUGUAGGGAAUGAGAGUGUGAAAGCACAGUUGUGUGAGAUGCUGAGGGUCGAACAAUUGAAUGAACGAUCCAAGCCUUCGCUUAAGAGUGGGGGUUUGGUGUGUGUUGAAGCUAUGCAGCAGGUUGGGAGGUUUCGGGAAAGAGAUUCUGAGGUACGGAUGUUCUUGACCUGUUUGUUGGGGACCACCUUGUUUGUGGACAGGAGUGGGGAUCGGGAGCAGGUUUGGCCUCUCCAGUUCUUGGGGGACACUAGACGGGUGAGGAAAUAUUCUUGGGGGUCUGCUAUACUCGCCUAUUUGUAUAGGCAACUCGGCAUGGCGUCUCGAGCGGAUUGCAAAGGCAUGGGUGGCUGUUUGACCCUCCUUCAGAGCUGGAUCUACGAGUACUUUCCGUAUUUACGAGAUCAGAAGUUGGGGACACGUGGAUUGGUGUGCGGGGAACCUUUUGCUAAGAAGUGGGAGGGGGUGAGAUUUGGAGGUGGGGCACAGUUGAUGAAUGAGAGGUUGGAUCACUAUCGUCGAGUACUGGAUAAUAUGACAGAUGAGUUCGUUUUUUGGUGCCCAUUCGGCCUCAGACCUGGUGAGAUAGUCUCUCGUUCAUUGUACUCUGGUGUCAUUCGGUGCAUGAGUUUUGAGGAGAUGUACGAUCCCUCGCGUUGCCUCCGUCAGUUUGGGUACGUACAGACCAUCCCCUCAGAUCCGCUUCCUCCAGUUGAUGUUUGCCGAUCUGCGAAUGUCAAGAUGUACUCCUUGUCCUACGGUCCCGGCUUGAGUGAGCUUUGGAAGGCCCCUCACUGCCACUCGGUGCAGUUGGAUUCGAUAUCGAGACCUGUUCAAAAACCGGAAGAUACCGACGAUGGGUAUCUACAGUGGUAUAUGGGACGUACCCACCCGAGGAUCGUCUGCCCCAGUGCUGCUGACCAGGAGAUACACCACCAUCUUAGUCAUGAUAAGUUAGCUGUGAAGCUCGUCCGAGAGUUUCGCACUGUGAUUGAGCACCCUUAUGAUGACCACCUUUAUCUUCUUCUUGGAUUACAAGGGUUGCUUAGAGAGUACGACGAGGCGACUCCAUACCAGCCUCCACCUCAGUACUAGUGUUGUUCAUGUAGUUUGAGUACUAUGUAGUUUAUUUGUAUUUUGAGAACUAUGUCGUUAAUUU